UUACUUCAACUUAUAGUAAUCUAACCAAGGCUCGCAGCAAUAGCAACAUGUUGGAUAACAUUACUGUUCCAGCGUUUCCAUCUCCUUCCUCUGAUCAUCUCAAUGGGGUCACAAAGAAAAGAAAAAGAAGGCCUGCAGGUACCCCAGAUCCGGAUGCAGAGGUGGUUUCUUUAUCACCAAAAACGUUGCUGGAAUCAGACAGGUAUGUGUGUGAGAUCUGCAACCAAGGGUUCCAAAGAGACCAGAACCUUCAAAUGCACAGGAGAAGGCACAAGGUUCCAUGGAAUCUGCUGAAAAGGGAGACAGAAGAGGUGAAAAAGAGGGUAUACGUUUGCCCAGAACCAAAUUGCUUGCACCAUGACCCUUGCCAUGCCUUGGGAGAUCUGGUUGGCAUCAAGAAACAUUUCAAGAGGAAGCACAGCAAUCAGAAGAAAUGGGUUUGCCAGAAAUGCUACAAAGGUUACGCGGUUCAGUCUGAUUACAAGGCUCAUCUCAAGAUUUGUGGCACCCGAGGCCAUUCUUGUGACUGUGGUCGGGUUUUUUCCAGGGUGGAGAGUUUCAUUGAACACCAAGAUGCUUGCACCGGUGGAGGGCUAGGUGUUCAACCCGAAUUGCAGGCGCUGCACCGGGGCUGUUCCUCUCGGUCGGAUUCAAGCACUAGUCCUUCAAGCGAUACCCACUUUGGCAUGGCCGCGGUGUUGCCUGGAUUGCCAAUGCUGAAAUCAACCGAGCCUGCUUUCUUGCAUGGCAAUGCGUCUGCUUAUGAACACCGAAACAACCUUGAACUUCAGCUUCUACCGUCAUCAACUCCUCAGUUACCCCAGAAUUCGGAUGAGAAUUGCGCCACUUAUUUGAAGCUUUCAAUAGGGUCGAGUGACGGUGGCGAAAAGAGUGAAACCAACAAGCUUAGUUUAGAUACAAUUAGUGAAAAGAAUGCCAGUGAGGAGCUAAAGUUGGCGAUGGCAGAGAAUAGCUACGCCGAAAAGACUAGACUCGAAGCGAAGAAGCUGAUCGAGAUGGCUGAGCUUGAGUUUGUAAGUGCUAAAAGGAUAAGGCAACAAGCCCUAGGUGAACUCCAGAAAGCUCAAGUCUUGAAAGAUCAAGCAACAAAGAAGAUAAGUGCAACUAUCAUACAAAUCACUUGUCAAGCUUGCAAGCACCAAUUUCAAACAUCAACAGCUGCGGUUCCAGCUGACGAGACCUCACUUGCUAUGAGUUACAUAUCGUCCACAACAACGGAAGGGGAAGUAGAGUGGCGGCAAGUCAAUCAAACAACGGAAAUGAUCGAUUCUUAGCCAUUAAAAUCUCUUUGU